AUGCCCGGGUCAACCGCCCUACAUCAGGCAUGUCGCAUCGGGGACGAGAAGUGGGCGAAGCAGCUGCUGGAGCAGGAGUCGCGGGCGAAGCGCCGCACGUCGUGCGAGUCGGUGCGGCUCUCCGGCGGUGCCAAGCGGAGCGAGCAGGACAAGGUGGUGCGCAAGCGUGCCAAGCGGGCGAGCCGCGAUCGCAGGAGCCUGGUGCGUGCCAAGGAGGCCAAGAUGCGCGAGCAGGCCCUGCUGAACGAGGAGGACGGCGGCAAGCAGGAGCGCAAGCACCGGCUCAUCAAGAAGGUGGUCAACAGCGCGCUGAUCGAGCUCAUCACGGCCGAGGAGGCCAACGAGGGCCAGACCCCGUUCCACCUCGCCUGCGAGUUCGGCCACGUCGACAUCGUCAAGCACCUGGUGGCCUGCCUGCGCGAGAGCUUCGUCAUCCCCUACGUCCUGCCCUUCGUCAUCAACUACACCGACUUCCGCGGCUGGACUCCUCUUCACUGCGCCGCCAGCAUGGGGCACCUUGACCUCUGCCAGGUGUUGCUGGAUGCAAAGGCCGACGCAUCGGCCUUGGCGGACAUCAGCAACACGUCGCCUCUGCACAUGCUCCUCCGGUGCGAACGCUUGACUCAGGAGCCGUUGCACAAGCUGAAGGACGUAAUCGAGGGCAUGCUCCAAAACGGGGCUUCCAUCAACGGCCUCAACACCUACGGCGAGACCGCUCUCCACUUCGCGUGCUGGAAGGGCAACGCCAGGGCGGUUGCGAUUCUGCUCAAGAACGGUGCUCACGUCCACUCAGUCAAUAAGCGCGGUGAAACGUGUCUUCAUUACGCCACGCGUCAGGGCGACGUGAAGAUCAUAGAGUUAUUGGUCAAGCACGGAGCCGACAUAAACGCGCUGGGGGAUUGCGGAACAGCUGCAGAUGUGGCCCGCAGCCACCACCAGGACCAUAUCGCCUCCUUCAUGGACUCAUUCCUUACGCUGCGAUCACUCCCCGACGAGCUGCUCGUCAAGGUGCUGGGCUUCCUCGAUGCGGAAGACCUGUCGGCCGUGGGGCUGGUAUGCAAGCGAUUCUUCCUCAUCACCGACGAGAGCCGUCUUUGGAAGAAGGCGUACGGCGAGCUGGUACCGCAACAAUUCGCUCUCUCCCAAUGCGACGACUACAAGGCCGAAUGCAAGAAAUGGCUCCGACUCCAUCUCAGCUCCGAAUGGUACCGCGAGGCGCGCAAGGAGGGUCGGUGGCGUUUCGAUUGUCCGCGCAACGACGAGGAUUGGGUCUAUGACCGCUUCUUCCGGGUGGCCCUCGUCGGCGAUGUCGGGACGGGCAAGAGGAGCUUCCUCACACGAUUCGUGGAUGAUGCGUACCUGGGUUCGCGUGCGUUGCGAAAGUCAAUGACGAAAACCAAGGCCAUUCACCACAACAAUCGGACGAUCAAGCUGCAGAUGUUCAGCGCGAGUGGAUUCCACUACGAAGGUCGAGAGAGCUGUGACCUGAAGAGCAUCAAGGGCGCCCUUCUCUUCUUCGACGUGUCAGACAUGCAGUCGUUCCAAAACCUCUCCUUCUGGUGUCAACACCUGCAACGGCUGGCACCGCCGGAUAUUCCGGUGGUCGUGGUGGCCACCAAGGUGGACCUCGUGCAGGCUCCCGCUGUCUCCUACGCCCAGGCCAAGCAAUGGUGCGACAUGCGGGCGUUCCCGUUGGUGUCGGCCAGCGCGCUCAAGGGCCUCAACGUCGACGUCGCGAUGCGGCAUCUCGUCAAGCGCCUCAUGGCCAAGGACCAGGAGGGCAGCGAACGUGUGCACUCUGCGGCCGCCAGAGUGGGCACCUCCGCGUCCAGCUCCACCCGAUCAUCGCCCCGAGGAGGCCUGCGAUCCGGCGGCAGCAGGCACAAGGGCGGAGCCAGUGCCAGCGCGGGCUUGAGCUCCGGCACGAGCAGCAGCCAGCCGACCGGCGGCAGCGGCGGCGACUCGUCGACGAGCGGCAGCGGUAGUGGCAAGGGCGGGCGAACCAGCGGCUCGAAGCGAAUGGCCAAGAGCGCGGGGGAGGCGAUGAAGGCGAGCAAGCGCGACCGGCGAAAGGAAGUGAAGCGGGCCGCCACGGACGGCAGCAUGCACUACCGGCGGCGCGACGACAGACGCGAGAGCGGCGAAGACCACCCGGCGUCGCAGCCUCAGCUGCCGCCGCCGCUGCCGCCGCUCCAGGAAAAGAAGCAGCGACGGCUCGACGCGUGGGAGAACGACGUGCUACGACGCGUGGGAAACACGCAGCUCGAGCGGCCGCCGAAGGAGAAGAAGGACGACGCAGAGGAGGGCCUGUUCAACAGUGACGACAUCAUCAUCCCAAGCAUCACCGUGCCGCCCAAGAAGAAGAGCAUCAUGCACUUCUGGCGGAGGAUCGGUUGA